AUGAUGAAGGUUCUGCUGCUGGCUCUAGUUCUCUCCCUGGUGUUAGAGAAUGGCUUCGCCCUGAUAUGUUAUAACUGCGUCCCCGGGACUCCUGGAGGAAGUUGUGUGACCACUCAGGAAACGUGUGGCUAUAAAAAAGACACUUGUGUAUCGGCCAGAUUCACCAUCUCUCCCUAUUCUUACUUCCGGAGGUGCAUUAGCAUGGCAGACUGCAUGAUUUUUCAGUCCAGUCCCAGUAUUAAAGCCAAGUGCUGUCAGACGGACCUGUGCAACACCCCGAUCUAGGACGGCCACAUUGUUAUUGCUCUGUUACAGGUCAGCAGAUGUGAUUUUGCGGGAGUGAUAGACUAUGCAAAAAUCGAUUUGUUUUAGAUGGAAAGCAUAUUUGCAGUGAUACUGGGUGAUAAUAUGCUUUUAAAUGCCAAUAAGCCAUAUCCAGCUUAUUUUGUACUGCGUAAGUAAACAAAUAAAA